AUGGCAACCGUGCGAACAUACAUCCUCGCCCCCAAUUUCCAGUACAAGCCCUCGGGCCCCAUCCAAAUCGGCAACAUCAUCGCCGACCCCUUCCGGCCCACCAAGCCGCUCUCCACCCUCCCAGCAGACGGGCCCCGACCCCCCACCUCGACCAUCACCGAGCGCGACCACGAGCUCAGCCGGAGCAAGGGCCAUGCCUUCAGCGCCGGCAUCUGGGCGCACUUCCUUUCGUCCGUCGGCGGCGGCGUCAGCGCCGACCACGGCCGGGAUUCGGUGCGGGAAUUCUCCAUCGACGAGCUCGUCACCCGGUACCUGCGCGACGAGCCGGCCGACGACGACGCCGAGCUGAUGCGGCGCCUGGCGGAGCCGCGCGUGCGGGCCGCCGUCAAGGCCGGGCUGUUCGGUCGGCAGCCCGUGUAUCUGAUCUCGGGGGUCAAGAUUGCGCGCGGGCUCAGCGUGCGCAGCGAGCUUCGCCGGACGGUCGGCGGCGGCGUCGGGGUGACUGUGCCUGUGACGGCGGGUGUGUCUGUUGGCGGGGAGGUGAAGGGGGAGCGGCGGGAUGGGAUCGCCAGCUCGUUCAGGGCGGUGGAGGAUGUCGUGUUUGCGUAUCAGGUGCACGUUGUGCGGGUGAAGGGGAGGAGGAUGGAUGCCGCCGUGGUAGACGUGUUCGAGUCUGACGCGGCGUUCUUGCAUGGCGAGGAAGAGGGCGGCGAGGGGCACGAGGGGGUGGCUGUGUCGGUUGGGUUGGCGGGGGUGGAGGAUCUCAGGGAGGGAGAGGAUGAGGAUUCGAAUGUGGUGAUCGAUAGUUGUGAGUUUGUUGAUGCUGAUGGCGUUUCUUGUCUAUGUAUCACCGCCAAAGGGGGCUAG